CCCUCAUUCCCUUUUCCCUCUUCUCUUUCUCUCUCUUACUGUUAAGAGUUCUCUCUUUCUCUCUGACGACCAAAAAGCCGGCGUUCUGGCUGCGUCUCAAUCUCUACCACCGCCGUCGGUUUUCCCCGACUGCGGCUACUUCAAACGGAUGGCAUCGACGGAAUCCGAUCUCGAUUAUGACUUCCUGAAUCUCGAUUAUGAUUUUCGGUAUCAGAGUCUCCCCGGAACCGAUGCAUUCAUGGAAAGCGUUUGCUCUGCCCCUUUCCAAAAUCUGUUACCGGACCCGGCGACUUUAUUUUCAAGUUGUGGUGGACUAACAGAUACCCUUUGUUCCCAAGACGUCACUCCGCAUUCCACCGUCACUGCUACUAUUGAUUCUCAGUCAUCGAUUUGCGACACCGUUGGCAGCCCUGUGUCAGCUAAUAAACCAAACGGCAGAGAGAAUCAUACCAAAGAAGCUACAAGUGGUUCCUCUGAGCCAUCUGAUGAGGAUGAUGAAGCAGGUCCUUGUGAACAGAGCAUAAAUCCAGUUGAUAUAAAGCGCCUUAGAAGGAAGGAAUCUAAUCGGAAGUCUGCAACGAGGUCAAGAAGAAGAAAACAAGAGCAUUUGGCUGAACUUGAGUUGCAGGUUGAAAAACUGAAAGUGGAAAAAGCAAACCUAUGCAAGCAGUUUACUUAUGCUAGUCAACAAUUUCAUGAGGCUGAUACGAAUAACCGAGUGCUAAAAUCAGAUGUAGAAGCUUUGAGAGCUAAGGUGAAGUUAGCUGAGGAUAUGGUGGCUCGGAGCUCUUUCACCACGUUAAACAACCAGCUUCUUCAGACUCAGUGUCAAUUGAACACACCAGUGACACCACCAGAACUCAACACGACUGGUCUGCGCCGCAUGGCACAUGUCUCGCCAACCAUCACUGUCCAUGGAAAUGAUGCCUCAUACGGUGGUGUCCCAGUUGGACAGAAUUCAGCUAUUGGGCUUGGAAACUUGGAUAUGCCUCACAACGACGUCAAUAAUGGAGUCCUAAAUGAUGCUAUGAGCUCUAUGUAUAUAUGGCACCAGUAAGGGUUUCACUUGACUAGACUUUGUAGUAUUCAACUUUAUAUUUAACGUCUUGUCUAAUUUGAGUAGUGGGUUAUAUUAUUUUCUUAGGUUGAUUCCUCUUCGGUUAUAUAUUAUGCCCAUUAAAAUAGUGUCUACUCUUGUUGUAUUCCGUUUUGUAUAAAAGGACUUGAUUGCUUUAUCCAUAUCUGAUUGUAGUU